AUGGAUAAACAGAUAGAUGAAUAUUUAGAAUCAGUAGAACCUCCUCUGUCGAUUGGGGAAUUACCACCAUCAUCACUAUCAUUAAAGUAUAGUGAUUACUAUAAUCAAUUAAAAAUAUCUCAUAAUGAUGCGGUUGAUGGGGAUGAGGAACUGCCAUCAUCAUUAGAAGAAGAAGAAUCAUUAAAGUUUGGUGGUUGGAGUUAUAUUCAACAAAUAUCGGAAGGAGUAUCAUUACCAUCAUCAUUAAAAUCAUCAUUUGAAUCAUUGGAAUUUGAUGAUGAUGAAUAUAAUUAUGAAUAUAGUUAUAAUCAACCACUACCAGCUGGAGAAUUACCAACAUCAUUACUAUCAUUGAUGUUUGGUGGUGGAUAUAAUCAACCACUAUCAGCUGGAGUUUUACCAUCAUUACUAUCAUUGGAGUUUGGUAGUGGAUAUAAUCACCCAAUAUAUCAAAUAUCUAAUGGAGUAUUACCAACAUCAUUACAAUCAUUGGUGUUUGGUGAAUAUGGUCACUAUCAUCUACCUAGAUCAGUUGGAUUAAAAAGAUCAUCAAUAUCUUUAAAACAAACUAAAUAA